AUGACUUCAUUAAGAAACGGAAAAGUUGGAGUUAAUUCAUUUAUAGUUGCAGAAAAUGGAAAAGUUAGAGUUAAUUCAUUUAUAGUUGCAGGAAAUGGAAAAGUUGGAGUUAAUUCAUUUAUAGUUGCAGGAAAUGGAAAAGUUGGAGUUAAUUCGUUUAUAGUUGCAGGAAAUGGAAAAUUUGGAGUUAAUUCGUUUAUAGUUGCAGGAAAUGGAAAAGUUAGAUUUAAUUCGUUUAUAGUUGUAGGAAACGGAAAAGUUGGAGUUAAUUCGUUUAUAGUUGCAGGAAACGGAAAAGUUGGAGUUAAUUCGUUUAUAGUUGCAGGAAAUGGAAAAGUUGGAGAAAUGGAAAAGUUGGAAUUAAUUUCUUUUAUAGUUGCAGGAAACGGAAAAGUUGGAGAUAAUUCGUUUAUAGUUGCGGGAAAUGGAAAAGUUGGAGUUAAUUCGUUUAUAGUUGCAGGAAACGGAAAAGUUGGAGUUAAUUCGUUUAUAGAUGCAGGAAACGGAAAAGUGCGAGUUAAUUCGUUUAUAGUUGCAAGAAACAGAAAAGUUGGAGUUAAUUCGUUUAAAGUUGCAGGAAAUGGAAAAGUUGGAGUUAAUUCGUUUAUAGUUGUAGGAAACGGAAAAGUUGUAGAUAAUUCGUUUAUAGUUGCAGGAAAUGGAAAAGUUGUAGUUAAUUCGUUUAUAGUUGCAGGAAACGGAAAAGGUGGAGAUAAUUCGUUUAUAGUUGCAGGAAACGGAAAAGGUGGAGAUAAUUCGUUUAUAGUUGCAGGAAACGGAAAAGCUGGAGUUAAUUCGUUUAUAGUUGCAGGAAACGGAAAAGUUGGAGUUAAUUCGUUUAUAGUUGCAGCAAACGGAAAAGUUGGAGUUAAUUCGUUUAUAGUUGCAGGAAAUGGAAAAGUUGGAGUUAAUUCAUUUAUAGUUGCAGGAAACGGAAAAGUUGGAGUUAAUUCGUUUAUAGUUGCAGGAAAUGGAAAAGUUGGAGUUAAUUCGUUUAUAGUUGCAAGAAACGGAAAAGUUGGAGUUAAUUCGUUUAUAGUUGCAUGA